ACAAUGGCGGAAGGCAUCCUCUCCCUUCUUUUCUUACUACUUGUUCACUUGAUACCCGCAAUCGCCAAGCCUUGUGUUGUUUUUGACGUCAAUUGGAAUCUCUAUGCUUUUGGCGUUAGUGGCGGGGAUUACAAUCUCGGUGCGGCAUCAAACUGGAUCCAUGGCAACGCCACGCGAGUCACGGGGGGUCCGCCGUUUGACGGGCUAAACACUCAGUGUUACCUUGCACAGUAUUUCAACGCAAUCUAUGUCAUCAAUGCAGACAAAUCGAACCCAUCAGACAUACACAUUUUCAACCCCCAGUCUAAAAGUUGGACCACCCAGAAAAUGAAUGCUGGAGGCGCCAAUGCCAACCUCAUUCAAGCCAUCUUGGACCAUGAUACGAACGUCUUCUAUGGCUUGGUUAAUAACACCUUAUACUCCGCGAACUUUGCUUCCCUCACCGCUGCCUCUGGCAAUCCUAUUAACUGGGACGUUGCUAACACUGUCUCGACCUUUUCAGUUUCCGGAUACGAUCCCGUCCUGGCUUUAGCUCAGAACCAUAUUUUUUUCUUCAAUGUUCCUGGGUCGAAUGAAGGAAGCACAUAUAUUUUUGUAAUUCAUUUUAGCUACUUCCAACCUCAACCUCAACCAUUCACCCCAAAGAAUGGCAACAAAUUCCCUGUUGCUCAUGGCAAAGCGACUUCAUUCUUCUCACCCUCUAAUAACGUUCAAGAACAAAUUGCCUUCAUUCCUGAUGACGGCUCUGCGGUCUAUGUCUUGAACGUUCAGCCAAAUACGACCGUGCAACUCCAAGGUCCAAUUGUCAAAGACUCUAAUUCGGAUUAUGCAGCAAGCACGUCAGAACUCGUCCAGCUUACCUCUUCUGGCAAUCUUUACUACCUUCCUUACAAUCAAAACAAUCCUAAUUCGAGCGUACAAUGGGUGCCGUUUGGUGUACCUGGGUUCUCUGGUCCAGGUCCAACUUCAACCUCCACCGUCACUUCAACCGGUUCGGGAACCAACCCGACGAACACCGUGACGAACAAGGGCUCUGCGUCUAGCGCUAGCCUUUCUUCCAACGCUCCAGGGUCAUCUACAAGUUCGAAGAAAUCGGGUGGAACGCUGAGGGUGGCGGUCGAUGGGAGUGUUGCGCUUGGAUGGUUCUUGGCGUCAGUAGGGGCCAUUACCAUCCGUGCCUUGCUGAGCUGAACGGGUGGGGGCGUAACUGGCUCAUAGCCUUCAAUUGAUGCUUUUAUUUGCUGAUGACGAACUUUACAACUGCUUUUUCUGCUUGCUUUACGGAAGCACAGUUGCUUUAAAAGAAUAAUGAGUUGAGCUUUUCUCUCUCUCUCUCUCUGUCCUUCUCCUGUGAACAUUUCGACUCUCCCCCCAUUCCUUUUACUCUCUUCCGCAUUGAAUCCAAGUCUUCCUCACCUUUUACAUAAAUCUUUCUUUCUUUUUUUUUUUUUU